GAUCCAGGGCACUUCCUAUAGAUAGCAGCUGCCUGAUUUCCAGGUGGUGGGGGACUGCUGUGUUACCUUUGAACUUGGCUGCUGGAAACCAGACAUUAUGCUAAUGGUCUCCAAGGGCUUGGAAUUUCCUGUUGCUUAGGAACAAAAAGUUUCACAGGCGGCAUCACAAGGGCUGGCUAGACUAUCACGCUAACAGGGUUCCGCAUUAAAGCCGCAACAGCAAACCUAACUGGGACACCUUCCAAAGGCUUCUCCUCUUCGCCCGUUCCACCUGCGGCGCUGCAUUCUUUUCGCGCGGCAUGGCCAAGGGGAAAGGGCCCAAAGGGAAAAAGGUCACCUUGAAAGUUGCUAAGAACUGCAUCAAGAUCACGUUCGAUGGGAAGCGCCGCCUCGACCUCAGCAAAAUGGGCAUCGCCACGUUCCCCCGGUGCAUUCUCAAGCUGUCCGAUGUAGACGAGCUGGACCUCAGCAGGAACAUGCUGAAGAAGAUCCCAGACUCCAUCGAGAAGUUCCAGAACCUCCGCUGGCUGGACUUGCACAGCAACCAGCUUGAGAAGCUGCCAGAAACCAUCGGCAAUCUACAGAGCCUCGUCUUCCUGAAUCUCUCCAACAACAAGCUGACAGCUCGGAGCUUGCCGAUGGAGAUGAAUCAGCUCAAGAACCUCCGUAAUCUCAACCUGGGCCUCAACCACAUCGACAACCUCCCGACCACUCUGGGGGCUCUCAAAGAACUCCAGGAAGUUGGGGUGUUUGACAACUUGCUGACCGUCAUCCCGAACAGUAUUAAAAAACUCCCCAAGAUUAAGAAGUUGAAUUCCAAGAGGAAUCCCUUUCCGGGGCCCACGGAAGAGGAACAAUAUAUUGACAGCAUUAAGCGCCUCGAGACGCUUUACUUGGUAGAGGAGAAAGACCUUUGUUUCCCGUGCCUGAAGAAGUGUCAAGAAGAGCGGGAGAAGCUGAACAAACUGAAAAACACGGUGCCUACCACUCUUCGAAAGCCAAACUUCUCAAACCUCAUGACGCCGAACUCUCUGGCCAAGGAGAAUCAAGCGGAAUGGAGAUGAAGGCGCCCACCCCUAGCGAGGGAGACAGCUGCAAAUCGCACGCGUCCAGCAAGACGUUCUAUCUCAAGGUACGAAUAGAACAAAUUCACUAUAUUUGCAGUCCUGCUCCCAAUCAGGCAUUCUGUGCGCUGGAAAUGCCUUAUGGACCCUGAACAAGGAGAACCUUUA